AUGGCCCGGAGCUGGCGGUGGCUGCAGGGGCUGGUCCUCAUAUGGCUCCCCAUAGGCUGCCUCUCCCUGCUUGUGAUAGUGCAGGAUAUUGAGCGAUACACCACCUUAUUUGCUUCUGUGAUCCUCAAGUGUGACUACAGCACUUCAGCACAACUGCAGGAUGUAGUGGUGACAUGGCGCUUCAAAUCCUUCUGCAAGGACCCCAUCUUUGACUACUACUCUGCCUCCUACCAGGCUGGGUUAGCUCUUGGCCAGGACCCAUCCAAUGACUGUAAUGACAACCAGCGGGUGGUGCGCAUCGUCAUUCAGAGACGUGGACAGAACGAGCCUGUGCUUGGCAUAGAGUACAGACAGCGCAAGAUCACCAUCCAGAACCGGGCAGACCUUGUGAUCAGUGAGGUGAUGUGGUGGGACCAUGGAGUCUACUACUGUGCUGUUGAGUCUCCAGGAGACACUGCAGGUGACCCAGACAAAGAGGUUAAGCUCGUUGUUCUGCAUUGGCUCACGGUGAUCUUCAUCGUUCUUGGUGCUCUCCUCCUCCUCAUACUGAUCGGGGUGUGCUGGUGCCAGUGCUGCCCCCAACACUGCUGCUGCCAUGUCCGCUGUGCCUGCUGCCCAACCCGCUGCUGCUGCAAUGAGGAAGCCCUGGAACGACAUCGGUUCAUGAAGCAGGCUCGGACACUCAUGCCAUGGAUGACACACCAUCCGUUCUACGUGGGAGGUGACAGGAACUCCCAACUCUCUUCUUACCAACUGAACCCAUUGCUGCAAAAAGAUGUCUCUCUGCAGAGCAGCCUCCCACUGGUGCAUUCACAGGGCCAGCUGCCCCCCAAAAACAACAUCCUGGACUAUCUGGAGUCUGAGAUCCAGAACCUCAGCCUAUCCCAGCCCCUGCUACCCUCCCACCACUUUGGGGCCAACCAGCAUCCCAGCGUGCUCUCCUCCCUGAGCUCGGAGGUUGUGGAGCGCAGGGUAAUCCAGCUGCCUCCCAUCACUGAACUCAUCCCAUCCUCGCAGAGGAGCAGUAACUUGUCACACCUGCAGCGAGCUGGCCAUGCCGCAGGACCCUGGGGCUCCACAAUAGAGGAUGAGAGGGAGGACUGGAGAAGACGCCAGCCCUUGGAUGGAGAUUCUCACUCCAGCUUCGAUCGGGAAUCCUGGGACAAGGGACGAGACCAGCCACCUCAGAGGCAGGGGGAGGGCAGCUAUGACGGCAGGCACCGGAGUUCCAGGCGGGAUGUUUCACCCAUGCGCCGGCCAGACCGCGGUAGAUAUGGUGACAUCUUCUACCCUCAGGAGGCCAGGGAGCGCUCGGGCCGCCGCUUCGACCCCAGGGAGCAGCCUUUGGAGAGGCAAAAGUAUCAACGCUCCAAUAGAAAGGGCAGCAGUUCGGAGCAGCGGGAGCGCCAGCAUCGCAGCUACUCUCCUCCGGCACGGCGAGAGUCGUGGAGCUCGGCAGAAGAGCAUGAUCGCUUCCAGGGGAACAAUAGGCAACGCCACCGUCGCUCCCCAGGCUGGCCAGAAGACAAGCCACCCAGUUACCGCUCACUGGAAAUCAUCCCAGCCAAGGACAGCAAACACAGAAGCAGCGUGGGACAGCAGUCGGAAAAAGGAAGUUCACGCAGUGGGAAAAGCAUGGUCAUUUAA